AUGAUACUCCUACGUCACAAGACUGUCUCCAAAGCGUCCAGUGUUAAAAUCAGCCAAAAUAAAACUUCGAAAAAGCUUUUCUUUCUUAAGCACUUCAUCACCACCGUAAAUUUUAUCUACGUAAUUGGGUCCGAAAAAAUCCGGAUCAGCAUACAAGAGUGCGUUACGCUUCGAGGGCGGUGCCACAGGGCGUUCCGGAAACGUAUUACUCGCCAACGGUGGCCGGAAAUCGACAAUAUAUUGCGAUCGACCAUCGACUAUUCCGUCGACGUCGAGCGCGUAAAUAAUGCCGUGAUAAGGAACCGUGUUUAUGCCUUGCGAUGCCGCCGACUUGAUUUGUGGGCCUUGGAUGUUGGAAAUCGGUUCGUGAUUCAAUUGACGGCCGCCAUUGUACGCAGCCGACCAUCAGGAGCAGUUUUGACUACCAUAUCGAUUAUUAAGACAACCUUCAUGGAUUUGGAUAAAGAUAUUUUUUAA